AUGGGUAAAGGAAAUAGUAAAUUGAAGACGGAAGUAGUGGCUAAAUUAGCCAAAGAAACCUACUGGGCUUUUAAACUUUAUGAUGUCGAUAAUGAUGGUUAUAUAACGAGAGAAGAAAUGUAUAGCAUUGUUGAUGCUAUAUACCAGAUGCUGGGUACCCAAACUAGAUUUGAGAAUGAAGAAGAUAAUCCCAGGCAGAGAGUUGAUAGGAUUUUCGAUCAACUGGAUAAGAAUCAUGAUAAUAAAUUGUCCUUAGAAGAGUUCAAAGAAGGCUCGAAACAUGAUCCCAAGAUCAUUCAAGCGUUGACAUUAUAUGCUCCCUAGGUUGCACAUUAUGCCUCUGGAAUUUUAUUACAUAUCAUUGAUAUAAUGAUUGUUUUUUUCUCUUCAUUCUCCCAUUUGUCAUUGGCCAAAAGAAAAGAAAAAAAAAGCAA